AAACGUCAACUUCUACAGAAAAUUUCUAGUGAUUAAACUACUUUUUCAUUACGUCAUUAUCAACCGAUAGUGCAAUAGAACAAAGAUAUUUGCAAUUUCAUAAAAAGAAAAUGAAGUGGUUUGAGGGUAGCAUCAAUGAAGCAGUUGCAACAUCAAAAUUAAGAAAAGCAAUUUUCGUCGUCUUUGUUGAAGGGAAAGAUGAAACAUCUACUCAAGUUGCUCAAGCAAUCAAUGCCACAGAAGUUUCACGCCGCUUGGAACAAGAAGAUUUUGUAGCAAUACGGUUGGAAAGUGGAUCUGAGUCCUAUGUGUUCUUUGCCCAAAUCUAUCAAUUGGUGCCUGUACCAUCUCUGUUCUUUAUUGGUGAGAAUGGAAUACCAUUGGAAAUUGUUGCUGGUAGUACAACAUCAGCCGAUCUAUUGGCCAAGAUUGAGUUGGUAUUAUCAAAAGCAGGAAAGAAUAAAAAUACUUCUGCCAAUUUGAUAGAUGCUGAACAGAAGGCAGCUGCUACUAAUGCUCCCAAUAACACAAGCGUUAACAUAGAAGGCAAUACACCAAAAUCAAAUGUAGAAAUGCCACUAAAACAAACUAGCCCAGAAAGUGUAAGUAAUGCUGUAAUUAAAAAUGAUACAAAAGAAGAGCCAUCUACAAGCAUAAAAGUGACUGAAGCAGUAAAAACAACAAAUGAUAAGCAGGAAACACAUACCAAAGAAUUAACAACAGAAGAAAAAUUAGAAAGAGCACGAAAAAUGUUAGAAUUACAACAAAAGCAACGCAUAGAAGAGGAGGAACGAAAAGAGAAGGAAAGAGAAUUAGAACGUCGAAAAAUGAGACGUGAAAUGCAAAACUUGAAACGUAGCGAAAAACAGCAAGAGUUAUCGGACAGAGAAAAAAUUCGGCAACAAAUUGCUCAGGAUAAAUUAGAAAGGAAGCAUAAGGAGCUUGCUUUACAGCAGCAAAUGCAGCACCAACAGCCUCAGCAAGAGCUACCUAAACCAUAUGCUCCCAUAGUAACCGAUGCAACCGUAACUAGAAUACAAUUUCGAUUGCCGUCUGGCAAUCCUCAUAUGGGACAAUUCGAACCAACGUGCACUUUACGUAAUUUGCGUGCGUACGUCGUUGAGAACAUCACGUUACCUUUUCGGCAAUUCGCAAUGUCUACCUCUUUCCCUAGAAGGGAAUUAGCGCGCGAGGAUGAUGACAAAACUCUUUUAGAAUUGGAACUGGUUCCCACAGCUGUGAUCUUAAUUCUACCCUUGAAAAACUCGAAUGUCACGACAACUGUAACCUCGACACAAGAUAUUAGCCUUAUGCCACGAUUCGUGUGGUCCAUUUUUGCGGUUGUCACACACGUGUACUAUUAUGUGAUAGGUUAUUUCACAGGACGUGGUAAUUCACAGGAACAACAAAGUGGCACUGCUGAGAACAAGGAUACGACAAAUAAUUCAGGUGGAUCAGUUCAAUCGAAUAUUCAAAAUGUUGCUACUUCAUCAGGGUUAGUUCGAAGAUACAUGACUAACCGAGAAAGCACAACCAUCAAAGCCGAAGGUAACAUACAUAGAUUACACUCAGGCGGGGAUGAUAAUGAUGAAAAUAAUACAUGGAAUGGUAAUUCAACGCAACAAAUGUGAAUUAUCAAUUAGAUCGAUAAAACUCCACCUGGCUCUGCUGUUUCAUUGAUCAAACUUAUGAAUAUAUGCAAUAUAUUUUGUUAAACUUUUAUACCUUUCUGUUCUAUUGCACUGCAAUCGAAUGUCGCGUGUUCCAUGCUACGAUUACGCCGACAUAUUAUUCUAAUCAAAGUUGUUGUAUAUUUUCGAGUGGUAAUAAGGAUUGUCUUAAGAAUAAUACAACCCACAUUGCAUCUUAAUUUUAUAGUCGAGGACAAAAUAAUGUAUUAAGCAGAUGGCCUUUUAUUCUGUUAAUAUAUAUAUAUAAAUAAACAUAUAGAAAAUUGGCACAAA